AUGGGAGGUGGAGGUAAAGAUAACCCAGAAUAUAAUUAUGGUAUUCUAGAAGUUCUAUUUAUUCAAUUAUUAAGAGUUAUUAAUAUCGAAAACCUUAUAAAACUUUAUAAAAAAGCCAACAAAUACAGUGGGCAAAAUAACAAUUUUGUUUAUAAAUACUCAAUAUUUCUCAACAACUAUUAA